AACUUAUAAUCAAACCGCGUCCGUCUGUUGACUUUGUUUAUUUUUUUUAAGUCAAAAUUUAAUUGUGUUUGUUAUGGCUUCAUCAGAAGAAGAUAUUGACCGCAAAUACAGAUCUAAAAAAGGGUCAUUUUCUUAUACAACUUCUUGUGACGAAUUCGAUGAUGAAGAUCCCGGAGAACAAAGAGUUGAAGAUGUUACGAUACAGUUUUUUUACAAACCUAGAACUAUUACUAUGCUUGCAGCUCUUAUCUUGCUUAUGAUUUAUUUUGCGUUUGAAAGAAAUGCCGACAUAAAUCAGCACGAUAAUUUUUGGCAUGGAACACUUGGUGUUGUGGGUAGUUUUCUGGUUAUUUCAUUGCUUAUAUGUCCUAAUGGACCGUUUGUUAGACCACAUCCUGCAGUUUGGAGACUAGUGUUAGGUAUAAGCAUAGUGUAUACUUUGGCUUUGGUUUUUGCCAUGUUUCAACGUUACAAUGAUAUUAUAACGAUUCUGCGUUACUUUGACCCUGAACUUACAGAUGCUAAACCAGAUACUAAGACCUAUGCAGAUGAUUGUUCUUUAAGUGUUCUUUGGUCUCGCAUUGAUAUAUUUGUUGUUGCUCAUUUUCUUGGUUGGAUGAUGAAAGCAUUAAUGUUAAGGCAUGCAGGUCUUUUAUGGCUUCUAAGCAUUAUGUGGGAAGUAACAGAGAUUGCUUUUGCUCAUCUGCUGAAAAAUUUUCAAGAAUGUUGGUGGGACUCCAUCUUAUUAGAUAUACUUAUUUGUAACGGUCUUGGAAUUCACUUUGGGCUAUACGUCUGUAAAAAACUUGAAAUGAGAAAGUAUCACUGGGAAAGUAUAAAAGAUAUUCAAGGAACAUCUAAAAGAAUUCGAAGAGCUGUUUUGCAGUUUACUCCAAUUAGUUGGACAGAGGUUCGAUGGUUUGAUCCAAAAUGUGUGAAAAUGAGAUUUAUAGGACUUUGCGGUUUAGUUAUUAUAUGGCAGAUAUCAGAGUUAAACACAUUUUUUCUCAAACAUAUUUUCAUUAUACCAACUGGACAUUGGAUAAAUGUUGCGCGUGUCAUUUUUAUUGGCAUUGUAGCUGUACCCUCACUUAGGCAAUUUUACAUAUAUAUAACAGACACACGUUGCAAGAGAGUUGGAACCCAGUGUUGGAUGUUUAUCUGUAUCACAUUUUUGGAGUUUACAUUAAGUGUCCGUCACGCACAAGAGCUUUUUUCACAGACAGAGUUUAUAAGCAUAGCCUGCUGGCUGGGAUUUAUGAUAGCAGUUUGUCUUGUUAUAGUUUAUCUUGUUGUGAUGUGGGGUAGUAAACAAAUGACCAAACGUGAAAAAGAAAUCAAACGAUCAUCUCAUCAUCAUUUGCAUUAUAACAGUCAACGUGAUAGAGAGUACGAAGGUGACAACGAAGAAAUUACGCCAAAAAAAGAAAGAGGGUUACGAAAAGUUUUGAAAAAUAAGGACGCAUAAACUGAUAGAAAUUUUAGAUUUUUAAGAAAUGCGUCGUUCCAGUUAGUAUUAGACCUUAGGAAUCGUGCAAAUUGCUCGAUUAUAAUAGUAUUUGGACUUGAAUGUUUUAGAUUUAGGUAUAUAUUAUUUAUGAGGCAUGCCAACCCUUUUGUAAUUUACGCAACUUUUUCACAAUAUCCCCAAAAACUGUAUAUGUUAAGGCAUUGCACAUGUGUGUCAUUGCUAAUUCAAUAUAUUCAAAAUUCUUAUAUUUACCUUAUUUUUUUUAAUGCGCUUACCAUUUUUUGUGUUUCUAUAUAUAAAUAUAUAACCCUAGAGGUGGGCUUGUCUGAUAUUUAAAUUUAAGCAAAAAAAAAAAAUUUAGCGUGGUGAUGUAGAACGAUUUGGUUUUUGAAAUGUUAACAAGGGUAAUAUUUAUUGUCAUGUAUUGUCUUAAUGAUUUUACUGAAGGUAAUAUUAAAUUAUAGUCUCAUAAUAUUAGACUUAAACUCAA